CCUCCCUCCCUCUCUCCACCAUAACUCUCUCUCUCUCAUCUCUUCAUCUGUUUUUCCUACCUCAACUCCCCAUUUUCCCUUUCUCCAACUCCAAUUCCAAUUGGGUUUUCUUUCUUGAGCUUUUUUAAGUUCUCAAUUUUAAGGAAACUCUCCAAUUUUAAUACAACAAAGGAAAAACAGAGUAUUGUAAUUGUGUAAUUGGAUAUGACGAACCAGAAUGUGGUAGUUUCCGAUACUAAAUCCGGCAUCAAUAUGUCCAUCACCGUUGCUGUUUCUAACUCCUCUAUUUUCGCCACCACCGCUCAAAAACCCCCACCUGCUCCCGGCGGUGGUGGUGGUGGCGGUGGUUACAUCUCCAUUUCCCGUAAAAAAAUCCUUAAAGACCUUGAUGUUAAUGGCGGUUGGAUUGAAUCAAUGAGAGCUUCCUCUCCUACCCAUGUUAAAUCUCUCCCUUCACUCUCUGCUUCCGAUGACCACCACCAAAAUUCUUGGAUGCAGCUUCAUCAUCCUUCUGCACUGGAUAUGUUCGAUCAGAUAAUUGAAGCUUCUAAAGGGAAACAAAUUGUUAUGUUUUUGGAUUACGACGGAACUCUUUCUCCGAUUGUUGAAGACCCCGACAAAGCCUUCAUGUCCGAAGCUAUGAGGAAGACGGUGAAAAAGCUGGCUAGUUGUUUUCCGACCGCCAUCGUAAGUGGCAGAUGCAGAGACAAGGUUUACGGAUUCAUAAGACUGGCGGAGCUUUACUACGCCGGCAGCCAUGGAAUGGACAUUAAAGGUCCAACGAAAAGCUCCAAAUUCAAGAAAGCUGUUAAUCAAGGUCUUCUCUUCCAACCAGCUAGUGAGUUUCUUCCUAUGAUAGACGAGGUUUAUCAACAGCUGGUAGAGAAAAUGAAAUCAACUCCAGGAGCCAAAGUGGAGAACAACAAAUUUUGUAUCUCAGUGCAUUUUCGAUGUGUUGAUGAAAAGCAAUGGAAUGAUUUGGCCCAAGAGGUGAAAUCAGUGGUUAAAGAAUACCCCAUGCUCCGACUAACCCAAGGAAGAAAGGUAUUGGAAAUCCGUCCGACUAUCAAGUGGGACAAAGGCAAGGCACUCGAGUUUUUGCUAGAAUCACUAGGGUAUGCAAAUUGCUCCGACGUGUUCCCUAUUUACAUCGGAGAUGAUCGUACGGAUGAAGAUGCAUUUAAGGUUCUAAGGGAAAGAAAUCAAGGCUUUGGGAUUCUUGUGUCCAAAAUUCCUAAAGACACUCAUGCUUCCUAUUCUUUACGAGAACCUUCCGAGGUUAUGUACUUUUUACAACGUUUGGUGCAAUGGAAACGACCAUCUUUAUUAAGAAGAAGACCUUGCAGGGUUUGAAAUUAGUCGAAAGUGAGGGAAAGAAUAAGGAAAAAAAAAAAAAAAAAGAACACCCUUUAAAGGAAAUGUUUUGUUUUAAGUGUGGGGGUGAGGGGAAAUUCAGUGAAUUAUUGUUGUAAUUUCCUUUUUCUCUAGGGACUAUUAGUUUAAAAAAAAAAAAAGAAAAAAGAAAAGGAGAAGGGGGAAAUAGGAAAAAAAAAAAAAACACAAAAGAUUGUAACUUUUUCCUUGGCCUGGGUGCCCUUCUACUACACAUAUCUUGUAAACUAACUUUGUUUCUUUUUUCCUAUAAAAAAAAAAAAAAAAAAAGAAAAGAAAAGAAAAAAGUAUUGUAAUUUAGCCACCUUUUUUCUCAA